ACAGAGAGUAGCAGGCUGCCUGCAAGUCAGGAUGAGAGCCCUCACCAGAACUCAACUGUGCUGACAACCUGAGCUCAAAGUUUCCAUACUCCAGGACUGGGAGAAAUAAAUGUCUUGUUGUUUAAGUCCCUCCAGUCUAUGGUAUUUUGCUAUGGAGUCACUUGGCCUCCAUUUUACGGAUCAGCAGGUGCUGUGUUGAAUGAGUGAACUGUUGAGGCCAGAAGAAAGCUAGAGACCAGGCAGGAGUCUGCUGCCUCAUCUUAGCAAGGAAGAAUGCUGGCUUGGGCCUGCCACCCAGAAGAGGGACUGAGUGGGAGAAACUUGCUAAUAUCCAGUCCUGCAGGUACCAACACACGUGGAAGAGCCUGCAUUCCUCCCGGACCCCAAUGAUGGCAGUCUGUAUACACUUGGAGGCAAGAACAAUGAAGGCCUUACGAAACUUCCCUUUACUAUUCCGGAACUGGUACAGGCAUCCCCAUGCCGAAGUUCAGAUGGAAUCCUCUACAUGGGUAAAAAGCAGGACAUUUGGUAUGUCAUCGACCUCCUGACUGGUGAGAAACAGCAGACUUUAUCAUCAGCCUUUGCAGAUAGUCUCUGCCCAUCAACUUCUCUUCUGUAUCUCGGUCGGACAGAAUACACCAUCACCAUGUAUGACACCAAAACCCGUGAGCUCCGCUGGAACGCCACCUACUUUGACUAUGCAGCCUCACUGCCCGAAGAUGAUGUAAACUACAAGAUGUCCCACUUUGUGUCCAAUGGCGAUGGACUGGUGGUAACUGUGGACAGUGAAUCUGGGGAUGUCUUGUGGAUCCAAAACUAUGCCUCUCCAGUGGUAGCCUUCUAUGUCUGGCAUCGGGAGGGCCUGAGGAAGGUGAUGCACAUCAAUGUCGCUGUGGAAACACUGCGCUACUUGACCUUCAUGUCUGGCGAGGUGGGGCGCAUCACCAAGUGGAAGUACCCAUUCCCCAAGGAGACAGAGGCCAAGAGCAAGCUGACGCCCACCCUGUAUGUUGGGAAGUACUCCACCAGUCUGUACGCUUCCCCGUCCAUGGUACAUGAGGGAGUCGCGGUCGUGCCCCGCGGUAGCACUCUUCCAUUGCUGGAAGGCCCUCAGACUGAUGGUGUCACCAUUGGGGACAAGGGGGAGUGCGUGAUCACACCCAGCACAGACCUCAAAUUUGACCCUGGACUCAAAGGGAAGAGCAAGCUGAACUACUUGAGGAAUUACUGGCUUCUCAUAGGUAAGAGCCUUACGUGGUGGCGUACUGCCUCCUGGUGGGCAGAAGCCAGCCCUGCUUGCUUACUGCUCUUCAUUCUGAAUAUAUUUUGCACUGUCCAGUUCAAAAGGGUUGUUUAUUAUUUCCAAGGAGAAUAAACACGGUAGCCAGGUUAUUGGAUAGUCCUUAAAAGCUGUUUACUUAAAAAAAAAUUAAAAAAAAUUAAAAGCUGUUUACUUAAUGUUUAAGUACUAAGUUAUGUAAACUUGUGUAAUUAUCUGACACAAGAAUAUCUGUUCCUGGGCUGGUAGACUGGCUCAAGUGGUAGAGCACUUGCCUAGCAAGUAUGAGGUCCUGAUUUCAAACCCCAGCACUGCCAAAAAAAAAGAAAAAUUCCCAAAGACAAACAAAAAAGAAUAUCUAUUCCUUAUUCAGAAGUGACCUUGUGUGAGGUGUGAGAUAGGUACCCUUGUUAUUUCCAUUGUAUAACUGGGAUAGAAAAUGAAUGUGGGUGAGGGC